CGAUUCGCAACGAUAACGAUAGACAAAUUUGUUGUCGCGUUGUCACAAAAAAAAGGAAGAAAACUCCUGCAAAAAGAGUUUUUCUGGGUAUUUCACGAGGUUCUCUUGGAAAUCAAGGGCAGGGAAAGGCUAUAGCAAGCAGAUAAAAUAUGGGCAAGAAGGAGGAAAAGUCACAGCAGGGCGAGGAGCUGGUAAAGGUCAACAAGUGGGAUGGAUCCGCGGUAAAGCACGCCCUCGAUGAUGCGGUAAAAACCUGCCUCCUUGGCGAUCGUCCCCAGCUGAAGGAGCAAUUCGGCCUGGUCAACACCCGUUUGGCCCUCUGCGCCCUGGCCGUGUCCGUGGCCAUAAUGGCCCAUGCGUGGGACUUCACCCACCCCUUCCCGGAAUCCCGUCCAGUGCUCCUGUUCAGCGUUCUCGCCUACUUUGCCCUCCUGGGCAUUCUGACCCUGCACUCCAGUUUCCGCGAGAAGGGCACCUUUGCGGUGGCCCUGCAAAAGGACAAGGAGCGGGAGCGCCUGUGGGAGGCCAGCUCCGAUAUGCGCAAGUACGACGACAAGUACCUGCUGACCCUCAGUGUUCGCGACUCGAAAAAUGGCAAGAGGCGCGAGCAGAGCAGCAACAAGUCCUGCGCCGCCUUCAUCGAUCAGAAUGGCAUUGUUCUGGACAACCUGGUGGCCAACGAGGUCAACCGCCUGUUCAACGCCUUGGCCGCCGACAAAAAGAGCGCAGGCCCCCUUGUUUCUAAUUAAACCAAAUUCCCCACUUAUGUCUCAUUAAACUGUAGCUUUUGUGCUUAACAUAAAUGUCUGAAUCUGAUAGUAACUUUACCAUUGAUUUGUGGCUUAUUUGGAACUGCUUAGUAAAAAAAAAUCCAUAAGUUAAGAAAGCGAGAAUUCCGGUGGCGGCGGAGAAAAAGGAGCUUUGCCUAAAAUCCGGGGGCGAUGUCGAAGCCUCCACCAGACUCACAUUUAAACAGAAGAUAAACAGCAAAAUUAACUUAAAUGCAUUUUGAAGAAUAUAAUAAUAUUUAUUUUA